AUGGGUCCCAACGCGUCAACCGGAGUCCAAGAAGAUCACGUUGAGUUGGUCGACUCGACUGGAACCAUCCCUACGCUACAUAUACUGCCCGUGCAUGCCCCGUCCGAAUACCAGUUGUUUCCAUCUCUGGCCCAUCACCUGGAAGGACGCCACUUUGUUGAUGAGAACGAGCUUCAGUCAUCCUCUGAUCACAAGUCCUCGGACUUCUACAAGAAGGGAAUCGAUAAACUGCCUGAACGUUAG